AAUAUUAACCAAAAAAAUAUUACUAGUAUUGAUAACAUCUUCAAAUUUGUCCUUGUAGGAUAGCUCAUGUCGUAGAAGGUGAGAGACAUAUGAGUUUGGUAAGGAGAGGUCCAGAAUCAAAAAAAAAAUGAGUCCACCACCUCUGCUUGGUCAAACGGAAAAGUGAACUGAAAUCUGAAACACCAUCGCCGCCGCCGCUGAACCAACUUGCAUUGCAGGAUAAGGUCUUGGAGAUUGAUUUCAUAGUGGGAAGAUCAAGAUGCACCCUCCUUUAACAUUGCACAAACACCCUAUGUGUGCCGAAAUCAUAGAGGAGUUUCAAAAGUGUCAUUUAGAACAUCCUUUUGCAAAAUUCUUUGGUGAAUGUACAGAUCUGAAAAUAAAAUUGGAUCGCUGUUUCAGACAAGAAAAAGCUGUGAAGCGAAAGGCCAACUUUGAGGAGAGCAAAAAGUUUAAGGAGCAGUUGCAAGCUUUCAGGAAAGAAAAUGCUGCAAGCAGCAGUCAAUAGAAGAAUUACCUGCAAUGUGGAUAAAGCCCAAACUGCUCUCCAAAAUACUUGAUUUUGCGCAGGGGUUCAAUACAAUAUGCUUUUAGCUGCUUUAUAACAGGGAUAUAUUCUAUAUCAAUAUUGUUUGAAGUAUGUUCUAUCCUAUUACCUUCAGUGCUCUCUCUUUUAUGGUGCUCACUUGCUGUUUGAUGAAUCGAGAUUUUUGUAAUUAUAUUAUCUUAAGACGAGAUACUUGUUAUAUCAUAGAUGAUGAGAGCACCCUGCUGAAAGCCGAAAGAAAUAAGUUGGGAUUCUAUGGAUAGAUAUAGAUACGGAUGUAUAUGUUUAUAUGAGAUUUGAUCUCACAUAAGGCAAUAACAAGCACUAGUGAUAUAGUUUCUAAGCAUCCACCUUUUUGCUGUAAUUUUGACCAUUUGAUCUAUUGUUGCAUGAUGUGGAUGUUGUUUA